CACUGAGAUUCGGUUGCGAAGCGGAAAGAAGGCGCACGGCAGGAACAUGGCGCACGGUAAGCUAAAGCCGAGCCAACGAAGGGGGUCGUCGUGGUGGGUCUGCCGUUCUCUUUGGCACUGGUCUGGUACUGGUCGGGCUUGAUCUUGAAGGCGAAGCUCGAAUAAUGUUGGAACCCCUUGAUAUGCCUCCUCCCCCCUGGUGCGUGUCUAUCAAAAGGCAGGCAGCAAGGCACAUCCCGCCCAAGGGGCACGGGAGAUAUGCUCGGCCGACCCAAUGCGCCGGCACCACCACCACCACCACUAUGCCCACCACCACAUGCACAGCAAAGCACACACACACACACACACACCUUCUUUUGCCCUUUUUCCCUUUCCCCCCCGCCAAAAUACGGCCUCACUCGCUGAGCUCAUCAAAAUGUCUAGCGAGUCAGGCCCCGACUAGGCCCUCCACUUUGUUGAUUCGCACUCUUUCAGCUCGACCUGCGUGAUGCUGCUGCUGCACCUCCGCUCUCUAUCUCUCAAAGGAUCAGCCCAGCAUCCUGGAGCACGAGCAUGGGAAGAAUUCUACGCGCCCCGUUU